CAUUGACGUUUAAUUAUAGUAAGAUAAUAUGGAUUUAGUGCUGUACUUAUAUAAUAUGUUUGUUAUGAGUGCAAAGGUAUAUUAUCUUACCUAUCCGGCUAUCCAAGAUAUAAUGGAGACAUUUUUCAAUUGUUUUCCAAAAAUAAUAUAUCUAUUAAUAUAUUAUAUAUUGUUUAGUUGAAAGGGGAAUGCAAAUAACUAAUAAUUAAUAUAAAUAUUAUAUUAUAUUAUAUUAUUAUUAGAGUCAGAAACAUAAUCAUGACAAUUUAGAAGUUUUUUUAUGUUGAUGGUAAAAUGUACGGUUUUUAUGCGUAUGGAAUGCACGUGUCAAUCCUGAGGGUAUAAUAGUAUAUAACCUACCUAUAAAUAUUUACUUUAAAAGCGUUACAACUGAAUUUAUUCAGCCAGAUUCAAAUUAUUGAGUUGAUUUCUGCACGUGGUAACUACUCGUUAAUUUACAAAGCCUCGUGGCAUCUAUUUAACUUAAUACAUUUACCAUACUUAAAUAUAACUGUCGAUGGUUAUUAGUAUUCAUUAUAUGCAUACAAAUCCAAAGAUGUAUAUUGUGUAUUAGUUUAGUUUUAAAUAGAUUAUUACUGGUUAUUACAAAUAAAUUGUAAUUUGUAGCUCACGACCCGUCCUAGUUUUUACCACCGUUGAAAACAAAACAACUUAAAAUUAAAAUAUUAAUAUAUUUAUCUGGGGGCAACAGUUAUUCACUAAUCAAAUUGCUAGUGUGUUCGUAGAACAGGUCACAGGUGCCAAAAUUUGUUUCAUCUUACUCAUAAGUCAUAAAUCAUCAUAUUUGUAUCAUUAUAAAAUGAUAAAAUAGAGAUGAACUACUCGUAAUUGCCAUUUUUUUCUUCGGGCCACUACACAAUAUAUAGUGUACUAAUAAUAUAUUCUAUUAAUUAUUAUUAAACCAUUUUUAAACAUUUUUUUUGAAGGUUUAGACAAUAAAAUUAAUUUGCAUUUAAGUCAAACCCAUAAGGUUACAAUUUAUGUACAAUACGUACAAUUAAGCCGUCAACAGUUUCAUUCUAAACCAUUAUUUUAACUUAAGAUUUAAGAAUAAUUAAGUUAAUACAACUAUAAGAGAUAAUUAGUAUAGUAAAUAGUAGAAUAUUAUCAGACAAAUCAAUAAUUAAUUUAAUCAAGUAAUUAAAUCAUACUGUUUUACAGGUAUGCAGUAUCCUAUUUGUGCUAUUUCAAAAGCAAAAUAUUUAACUCGAGGCGGUUGGAUAAAUUUUAAAAACCAAUCAGACUUCGAAAUCCCUUUCCAAAUACACCGCGAAAAUGGACACAUCAUGUUAUUAUGGUUAGGCGAUUUACAAUCGAGGACCAACAUCGAAGGGAGGCUAGUAUUGAUCGAAAUGAUUUGUAAAGAAACAUUAUCACAAGAUUAUGAUGGCAGUUUUCAACAAGCUAUAACGCCUUGUCUUUCAUUUAGAAUAGCAGGAACUCCAAGUGUAAAAGAAGUUUUAUUUUCAACUGACAUUCGAUCAUCAGAUAAUGCUUCUAGUUCAGGAUUAACUAUAAGUGAACUAAUAGCCGUGGCGAUUUGUUCUAUUCUAUUAGGACUAAUGUAUGUAGCAUCUAUUUUGUUGUACUUGCAUGUCCGUAAAGGGAGACCUAAGGGACAAAAUGGAGAUAUAGAAGCUUUUAAAAAUCCAUUAAUGUCAAACGGUAUUACCGAAGAGGGUAUAGUAAAAAAUAACCCUCUAUUACAACACAGUUACAAUGAUAAUGAGGCCUUUGAGUCAGACGAAGACAGAAAUUAUAGUAUAAGUACACAAGGAGAACCUUCUAUGGAUAUGAUGGAAAAUAAUAAUAUAAAUAGAAAUUUAACAACAGCUAUUGUACACCCUAUUCAGUCCUUUAACUCAUGUGUUGGCCAUUCAAUGUAUUAUUCAGAUUCUAAUUCUAUAGAAAAACAUCCAGAAGAGGAUAUUUCAAUAGUGGAAACAUUGGAUAACAAAGAAGAUCGACCAGAUAAUAUCAGAUCAAUAGUGUGUGCUAACCCAAGAAAGAAACUUUACUUCAAUCCAGACUAUUUUGAACUUGAAUUAUUAAUGGCUCCUCCACCAGCAGCGUUAGAAUUUUUGGAAAAAAUUCGUGAAGUGAUACACGAAGCAAAAAGAAAAAUAACAAUGAAAAAAUUCACACCAAAUCUUAUUGUGAUUCAAGAAGAUGCAAAUGAAGACACACAUGAACCAUUAAGUUCUUGCAAUAAAUGCAAGACUCAAUUUAAAAUAAAAUCAGCUACAAUACAAAAAUGGUUGAUGAAUGUACCUAUAGAAGUUACCAAACCAAAAAAAAAUCAAGCUCCUUGUGUUCCUGUUGAGUUAAAAGCAAAAGAUGACGUAAAUGAUGGAAAUGACUUGCAACUCAAAGAAAACAAAUUAAAAUCACAGACUGAUGAAGUAGAAGAAGCAGAAGAAGAAAAAAUAAUAGAAGAAAAAGAAGAAGAAGACGACGACGACGAUGAUGAUGAUGAAGAACAGAGUACUAACAUCGAAUGCGAUAGUUUGGAAAGAUCAAUGAAUUACAGGCAGAAAUGCGGAUAUCAUACACCAUCAGAGUACGGAUUUGUUAGACCAGACCUGAGUCCAGUUUUAAGUAAUUCCGCUUUACCAAUGGAUGAAGAACUUACCAUUAGAACCACAUAUACUUAUGAUACUAUCACAAAAAGAGAAAGCUACUAUGAACAUAUAUCUGGUCCAGACUGUAUACGAGAAAAACCCAAAAAGGAGAUCUUACCCGAUAUACUUAAUAGGUCAUCCGAACGUUAUAGUUUGGUUAGCGAAGUAUAUGUAAAUGAUAACUUUAACACUAAUAUGUCACCUAAUAAUUCACUGGAUAAAAAGAUUAAAAAGAAGAGCCCAGGUCAAAUAACUAUUGAAGUUGAAGACUGUCCUGACAAUCAUCCGGCAGAGGAUUCGGACAGUUUUGAGCCAGAUACAUUAGAUAGAAACUGUACGAAAAUAAAACCAAAUUUGAAAGCAGUAUACUCUUCAGACUCGUUGGAACAAUUCAAUAGUUCUAAAAGCAUGAAUAAUAAUGGAUAUGGUAGUUUAUUAGAGAUAUAUGAAGCAAAGAAUGUCAUGGCUGAUGUACAAAAGAGAAGAGAUAUGAGCCAACUCGAGGCCAAAUACUUAAAACCAGAUCCAAAACACUGUCGAAGGCAAAGGUGUCCAUCACCUUUGUCUGUACAAAAGCCUCCAAAAAACGCCUGUGUCAGAAGCACUAGCAAACCCGGAGUCAUGCAAUCCGAUUGCAUCAGCUCACAAUUUAACCAGCGAACCCAUAAUAUCAUGGCUGGUGCUUCUGACAAACAAGCAGUCAAAAGUUCGCCAAUUGAUAAUAACAGAUAUGAAGACUCCGGGUAUCUUAGUACUGAAUCUAACGAAUCUCUCAACAAAGUGGUGGCUACUAGUCUAGAUACAGAUGAAUCUGGGGCAGAAAGCAUUGAUACAGAUUUCAAAUUUUAUAAAUCUCGUACAGACCGUAAUUACUGUGAUUGGUAAUAAUUAUUUAUCCAAAGAUAUAGUUUUUAUCUAUUUAUUUUUUAUUAGUUAAUAUAAGUACCAAAAAUUAGAUUUAUUUGUAAAAUAUGAAAUUUGUAAAUAUUCAUAGAACUACAUUUAAAACAAUUUCUUUAUAUUAAGGUUAUAAUUGAUCAAAAAUGAAUAUCAUUUAAAUCAAUUAGGUGUGUCUUCAUUCAUUUCCUAAGAAUAACUUUUUGAAAAUAUACCAUAUAUUAAGUAAGAUUUUAUAAAGUUAUUACAUGAUGAAAUACUUUCUCUCGAUAAUCUUAAAAUACUCUUUAACUAAUAUUAUCAUUGAUUUUUUAACAAAACUAAACAUUGGAAAUAUCUUUAAUACAUCAACCAAUUUAAAAAUUAACCAAAAAUUAUAAAAAUAAUAAAUAUUAUUGUCUCUUAAUCAAGUAAGUAGCAAUAUAUUUGAACAAAGAAACCAGAUGACUUUAAAUUU